UUACGUUUGACAUUUUCAUAGUCAUCGCGUCCCGCAAGAAAAAAAUUAAUUUCUAUUUUCUCAACGAGCUUACUGUAGAAAUAUUACUAAAUAACCAUGUUUAGAAACCAGUAUGACAGUGACGUCACAGUGUGGAGCCCCCAGGGCCGGCUCCACCAGGUCGAGUACGCCAUGGAAGCGGUGAAGCUGGGCUCCGCGACCAUCGGCUUGAAGAACAAACAGUUUGCGGUGCUGAUCGCUCUGAAACGGGCGGUCAGUGAGCUGUCUGCGUACCAGAAGAAGAUUAUUCCUAUUGAUGAUCAUAUUGGCAUUUCCAUUUCUGGGCUGACUGCUGACGCUAGGAUGUUGAGCCGUUUCAUGCGCACGGAGUGCCUGAACCAUAAGUACGCUCAUGAUGCUCCGAUGCCCGUUGGUCGCUUGAUCGGCCUGGUCGGCAACAAGAUGCAGAUUUGCACCCAGAGGUACGACAAGAGGCCCCUUGGCGUGGGAUUGCUUGUCGCAGGUUACGAUGAUCAAGGCCCUCACAUCUACCAGACGUGCCCAUCAGCCAACUACUUCGACUGCCGAGCCAUGGCCAUCGGUGCCCGCUCCCAGUCUGCCCGGACCUACCUAGAGAAGCACCUCGCUUCGUUCCAGGACUGCGAUCUGCAGGAGCUGGUCGCUCACGGUCUGAGAGCCUUGAGGGAUACACUGCCUAAUGAAGUUGAUUUGAAUAACAAGAACGUGUCAAUCGCGAUCGUGGGCCCUAAGACCCCUCUGCGCAUAGCCGACGAAGCUGAACUAGGGCGGUUCUUAGCUCUGGUGGAGGGCGAGGAGCGGCGCGGGGGCGGCAGCGCCACCGGGGACGCGGCCGCGCCCGACCACGCGCCGGGGGACGAGCGGGACCCGCGGGACCCGCAGGUCGCGGUGGCGAUGGACACGGAGUAACCGGUGAGCGUCUUCAAGUCCCGAAUCCCGAAGACACCUCGGAAGAACAGCAAAGGUCAUCAGGAAUGACGUCAUGGUGUUUCGCGGAGCGGGUGUUUUUACCUUUCUUUUCGUUUCACGGCAAAGAACCGCCUUGGCCAGUGUUUAGGUUGUUAAUAGGUGCUGUAUGAGUGUACUAGCUCUUUCAUACGGUUUUGCCCGCAAUUUCAGACACAAAGUCUAUUCUGCGCGAAUCCCUCAUCCAAAAGUCCCAUACUAUCCUUUGUUAUUUCUAACUAUCUAAACCAAAUUUCAUAAAAAUCGAUUUAAUGGUGAAGUGUGAAUGGUUUAAACAUCCAUCCAUCCUAACAAACUUUCACAUUUUAUCACAUUAGGAUUAAAUAUCCAGAUGAUCAUUGUAAAAUGUUAACCGGGAUUUAUAAUUUUGUAUGAGAUUUCAGAAAGGCCCGGGUAUGCCACAUUGCUUCAUGAAUCUCCUUUUAGCGAAAUUAGCUAAAUAAAAGAACUAUGUUCUCCAAUGUUUUGUCUAUAACACCAUUCUUAAAAUUUCAUUUAAAUUAGGGUGGAAUCGACCGAACAAGAGUAAAAUAUUAAUCUCAGAAUAAAUCGUCAGUUAAUUGACAUUUUGACAUAUUUCCAAUACUGAAACUGUCAAUGUGCCAGUUCUAGGAGUUAUUCUCAGAUAAAAGUUUGGUCGAAUCGAGCCUUACUUAUUUAAAUGUUUACUAAAAAUGUCUCAUGGGCCAUAAAGAAUACAUAGAUAAUAAUUAUAUUGUCAGUUUUUAAUUAAAUGAUUAUACUUUGUAUAGCAUCGGAAUAAUCUGUGCACUGGCCAAGGCGAAAAAGGUGUAAUCAGCAUUUUUAUUAUUUUCAGUAUAAUUUUAACUUCAAUAAAACAAGGUGUUUCUUUGUAAUCGUUUAUUUUUCUUAAACACUAAAAUAUUGCAUCUGUACAAUGAAGAGCUGUCUCUUCAAAGAAAUCAAAACUUUUACUAUCCAAUUAAUACAGUUGCUAAUUUAAUUCAAAUGGAUUUUUGUAAUAAUAUGCAAGGAUAUAAUAUUCCUUUUUCUUUCA